CCUCUUCUCAUCAGAAUGAACUCACUGGUUUCUUGGCAGAUCCUGCUUUUCCUCUAUGCCACCUCUUUCGGGGAGCCAUUGGCAAAGGUGGCACCUGUGGAGAAUCCUAGACCUGUAGGCCAGCGACUCGGACCCCUGGCUCUCAUGGUCCCCUGGGAGCAGGGUCUGCGGUGCGCAGAGAGGAAGGGGCCGAGCCGUCGAGAGGCCUCGCUGUGCCCGCCCAGCGAGAGCUCCGCGGGGCCCCAGCGGUCGAGCCUGUGCGUCCCGCGCAGUCGCCUGAUCCCCGCGCCCCGGGGCGCCGUGCUGGUGCAGCGGGAAAAGGACCUGUCCACCUACAACUGGAACUCCUUCGGCCUGCGUUACGGCAAACGGCAGGCAGCGCCGGGAGGCCGCGAGGGCGGCGCUGCGCAGCGCUGA